AUGAGUGGCGGUUCCAAUAGGGAUGUGCUGCUGGCAGGUGCGGCGGCAGCAUUCACUGUAGACCUCUUGAUCUACCCCUUGGACACGUUGAAGACGCGGAAGCAGUCCCAGGACUUCCUGCGCACGUUCGCAGACCCGGCGGCCAAGACCAAAGUCCCGUCUACUCAGCUGUUCCGUGGACUCUACCAAGGCAUAGGUAUUGUCAUCGUCGCCACCCUCCCCGCGGCAGGAACCUUCUUCUCCGUGUACGAAAGCGCCAAGUCCUUCUUUGGGCGCCAUGGGGCCGGCAUCGGGUUGCCGCAGCCCGUCGUCCACUCGGCAGCGUCGGCGGUAGCCGAGAUGGCCAGCUGCGUCGUCCUAACUCCGGCUGAGGUCAUCAAGCAGAAUGCGCAGAUGAUCUCGCGACGGCAGGGCAGCGAGGGCAAGUCCACGAGCAUCGAGGCACUUCGGCACCUAGGCGGCCCUGGUGUUGGUAGAAAGCUGCUCAGUGGAUAUACGGCCAUGGUGGCGCGAAACCUACCUUUCACGGCGAUACAGUUUCCCAUAUUUGAGUAUGCGCGCACCGCCAUCUGGUCCCGCAGGUCUGGUACUACGAAAGGCGGGACAGGGCUUGGGAGUCGGGAGAAUGGAAGUCUGCUGGAGACCGGCGUAAUAACAAGCACGAGUGCAGGUUUGGCGGGCAGCUUUGCCGCGGUGAUCACAACGCCCAUGGAUGUGGUCAAGACAAGGAUGAUGCUGAUGGCGGGUGAGGAGCAGGACUUGAAGCAGGGCGCUCACGAUCGGCACUCAGGUUCGCCAGAAAACAGUCACGGGCGGCAUCACGGUGGCCUAUCUGUGGCCCGGCAAGUCAUCAAGGAAAGGGGCAUUCCAGGCCUAUUUCGAGGUUCUGUGCUACGGGCCGUAUGGACCGCUGUGGGAAGCGGGCUAUAUUUGGGCAUGUAUGAAGUGUCAAAAGUAUGGUUGACGAGAGGCAAGGAUGCCGACGACCAGAGCUUCCCAUAA